UAUUUUAAUUUACCUCGGAGACUAAUACCACGUGAAAUCAUGGAUAUCUUGGGAUAUUCUUGAUUCAGUAGCCCCUCAGUUCAGUACCUUGUAAACAUUGUUCUCUUACCUCUUCUGAAAGUUUGAUCACUUUGCUAUUGUUUGAGAUCAUGGCUGGAGUUCUUGUUGGUGGAGCUUUUCUGUCUGGCUUCAUUAAUGUUGUGCUAGACAGGCUCAUUUCUGUUGAUGCUGUCAACUUGGUUGUGGGCAAGAAGCUUAGCCCUGACUUGGUUGAAAGGCUGAAGAAUGCUCUGACAGAUGCUGGAACUCUUGUUGAUGAUGCAGAGCUCAAGCAACUGGAUAACCAUGAUGUGAAGGAUUGGCUCAACUGUCUCCGAGAUGCUCUUUACACUGCUGAUGACUUGCUGGACCGUGUCUACACCAAAGCUGCAACCAAAAAGGUCACUCUCUUGGGUAGAAUCUUCAAUUCUGAAGACAGGAAGAUGGUGAAUAAAAUUAAAAGGGUGGUUAGAAGGAUAGAAGAUCUUGAGAAACGCAAAGGAAAGCUUGGGCUUGAAAAGAUUUCCACUGCUAGCUUCUCCUGGAAAACUCCAUCCACUUCUCUUGUAAGAGGGAAUGUGUAUGGCAGGGAGGAUGACCAGAAGGCCUUAAUCAAGAUGCUGGAUGACAACAAUGAGCAUCACCUGUCUGUCAUCUCUAUUGUUGGCAUGGGUGGUGUUGGUAAAACUACUUUGGCUCAAUGGAUGUAUAAUAAUGCAGAGUUGAUGGAUGGAUUUGAUAGGAAAGCAUGGGUUUGUGUUUCAGAAAACUUCAAUAUUGUUGAGACUACAAAGAAUAUAGUAAGGGAGAUCUCUACAAAUACUCAGGAUCUUGAUAGCUUCAAUUCAAUUCAAGAUGCUUUGAAGAAAGGAUUGUCCAAAAAGAAGUUCUUUAUUGUUUUGGAUGAUGUUUGGAGUAAUGAUCAUCAUCAAUGGAAGGAUUUUCUAGCCCCUUUUCAAUAUGGGGUUAAGGGAAGUACUAUUCUUCUGACUACUCGCAAGGAAGAUGUUGGUUCAGUUGUUCAAACAAAUUAUCACCCUCACUAUCUCAUUCCAUUAUCAGAAGACUACUGUUGGUCAGUGUUUGCAGCCAACGCUUCUUUUCCAGAACCAAAUGGGAGCCCAACACUUGAAGGAAUAGGCAGAAGCAUUGCUAGGAAGUGUGAUGGUUUGCCAUUAGCAGCUGAAACCCUUGGUUGCUUGUGCAGAAGGCAUGUUGCCGAGGAAUGGGAAAAAAUCUUAAGGAGUGACAUUUGGGGAUUUUCUACAAAUGAUAGUAAGAUUCUUCCAGCGUUGUUAGUAAGUUAUCAUCAACUUCCUUCGUAUUUAAAGCGUUGCGUUGUUUAUUGUUCAUUGUUUCCCAAAGAUUAUCACUUCAAUAAAGGUGAACUAAUUUUGUUGUGGAUGGCCGAAGAUCUUUUAAGAAUACGGAAGAGAGGAGAGAGCUUGGAAGAGGUUGGUUGCAAGUGUUUUGAAGAAUUAGUUUCAAGGUUAUUCUUUAAAAAGCUUCAAGACGAUGAUGAAUAUUUUGUGAUGCAUGAUCUCUUGCAUGACUUGGCAAUAUUCCUUGCUGGAGAUUUCUAUUGUAGAAUAGAAGAACUUGGUGAACAAGAAGAAAAGAAGGUUCUCACUCGCCAUUUCUCAUAUUUCCCACCUGGAAGGUUACAUCAUCGAAUCUCAAAAGUCUUUAACUCCAAUGCGAAGUUGGAAUCUUUGAGGACAUCGUUGUAUAUAGAUGAUUUGUUCAGCAUGGAAAGUGUAGCAUCUAAGUUUAUAUGCUUGAGAGUUUUAUCCUUUCAUAAACUUGAUAUAUUACCUGAUUCAACAGGUGAAUCGAUUCAUCUACGGUAUUUGAAUCUCUCUUGGACUGACAUUAACAGGUUGCCAGAAUCCUUGUGCAACUUGUAUAAUCUACAAACAUUAAUAUUGUACAGAUGUACUAAGUUGACCAUGUUGCCCAUUAACAUGCACAAUUUUGUGAAUUUACGGCAUCUGGAUCUUAGGAAAACUUGUUUGGAAGAAAUGCCUGGAGGAAUAAGCAAAUUGAAACACUUGCAUACCUUAAGUUCCUUUGUGGUGGGCAAAGAUGAAGAUAAUGGAAUCAAGGAAUUAGGAGGGCUCUCAAAUCUUCAUGGAUCACUUGAGCUUAAGAAGUUGGAGAAUAUUGUUAAUGUGAAAGAAGCAGAGAAUGCAAGGAUGACAAACAAGAAUCUCAUCAACAAAUUAUACUUGAAGUGGUCUUCAGGUGAUGAUAUGGUUCCGAACACAAAAGUCGAAAGAGAUAUACUCGACAGCUUGGAACCUCACAACAACUUGAAAGAGUUGAGAAUCAAGGGAUACAAGGGUACAAUAUAUCCAGAUUGGUUGGGCCACUGUGCCUACAACAAUAUGAUAAGUGUAUCUCUGGAGUCUUGCAACAAUUGA